CAUUUUUUGCGUGACAUACACCGCGUUGCUUGCUCGUGUACAUACUGUUUUAUUGAAAGUGUUGUAAUUUAUAAUUUUUAUAUGCCUAGUUAUUAAUAUUUAUUAAAAUUUUAUUUAUUAAUCUUUUUAGCGCUUAUUACUUGGUUCAAGUACUGAUAAUUUAAUAAUCUGAAAGACUGAUGGUCAAUGUUUGGAACCAAACAUUGACAAGUAUUAACAACACAACAAUGUACUUAUUUUUUCAACAAUCACAACUGAACAUUGACAUUUCAAUCCAUAGUGAUCGAUGGUGUGAUAAUUAACGGUCCUUGCCGUAGUGAGAUAAGAAGAAAUGUUUGUGCCUUUUAUUUAUAAUUUUAAUAUUAAUUUAUAUUUAUUAAAUUGUACUUAUUUAAUUACUCAAUAAUUUAUUAUUAUAAAUAAAUAUAUAAAAAUGUUGAGAUUUUUAUCACGAAGACGAGUCCGCGGUGUCAAUGGACAAACCGCAUCGCCGCAAAUUAAAAAUCAACGAUUACUUAGUAAUAAAAAUAUUAUACAAUGCCAGGUUAUUUUGCUUGAUGGUACUGACUUGCCUAUUGAAUUAUCUAAAAAAGCUUUGGCUAGUGACUUAUAUGAACAAGUAUUUUAUAGUUUAGAUUUGAUUGAAAAGGAUUACUUUGGAUUGCAGUAUACUGAUAGUAAUAAUGUGAAGCAUUGGUUGGAUCCUACUAAACCAAUUAAGAAACAAAUUAAAAUUGGACCACCUUAUACACUGAGGCUUAAAGUUAAAUUCUAUUCAUCGGAGCCUAAUACACUUAGAGAAGAAUUAACUAGAUAUCAAUUUUUUUUACAAUUAAAACAAGAUAUUUUGGAGGGCAAACUUCACUGUCCACAUAAUGUUGCGAUACAAUUAUCGGCUCUCGCUCUUCAAUCUGAAUUAGGAGAUUAUGAUUCAUCAAUACAUACAGCAGCAACAGUAUCAGAAUUUCGGUUCGUUCCGGGUCAAACAGAAGAAAUGGAAUUAGAAAUUUUAGAUGAGUACAAAAACUGUUCGGGAUUAAGUCCAGCUCAGGCUGAGUCCUCGUAUUUGAGCAAAGCUAAAUGGCUUGACAUGUAUGGUGUGGAUAUGCAUACGGUGCUGGGUAAAGAUGCUUGUGAAUAUUCACUAGGUUUAACACCAACCGGAAUUUUAGUAUUCGAAGGAAAUCAAAAAAUCGGUCUCUUUUUCUGGCCUAAGAUCGGACGAUUAGAUUUCAAGAAAAAGAAAUUGACGUUGGUGGUAGUCGAGGAAGAUGACGAAGGUCGAGGUGAGCAAGAGCAUACAUUUGUUUUUCGACUGGUUAACGAAAAGGCCUGUAAACAUUUAUGGAAGUGUGCCGUCGAGCACCAUGCAUUUUUCCGCUUAAGAGCGCCAGUAAAAGGCGCAAGUAGUCGUCAGAAUUUCUUCCGCAUGGGUUCGCGUUUUCGUUACAGCGGAAAAACAGAGUUUCAGACAACUCAAUUGAACCGUGCAAGACGCACCGUUCAGUUUGAACGGCGACCAAGCCAGCGUUACGCGAGGCGACAGAGUCACGUUCUGCGUGAACGGCAGCGUCAUCAGCCAGAACCUCAAGUGCCACAGGCGUCUAGUGUCCAAUUAGAGCCGUCAUUACAGCGUCAGUCAAGCCAUUCUAGUUCAGAAUCAUCAGCCGUGAGUGUUAUUCAGCCAACAACAUCCACAACGUCAACGUCACCGCUUGUUGACUCAAUACUCAAGUCAUUAGCUAAAGAUGCUCAGCCCCUGGAGCUUAAAAACCAGACGGCGUGUGUUCCAACUCCAGAAAAAGAAACAGAAGCGAUGAAAACAAAUCUUAUUGUCGAAAGUAUUAAUU